AUGUCCAAGAUGCAUAACGGAAGAAAUAGUGUGCUGGUACUGCCCAAAUUGCUGUUUGAAACACCAAGCAGUAUGGUAAAGAGCGAAGGGAACAGGUGUGCGCGCAAUUGCUUUAACUGUCCAAUAUGUACCUCACCCCUAUCCGUUACAACUCUUGGGAGCGCCGACAAUGGAGCCCAGAACGGACCUUGGGUACUCUCAUGCGGAUACUGCAUGUGGACAACGCUUGAUAUUGGAAUCAAAUUCGAUAAGCCAACCAACAUUCGUGCUCAGCUUACUUCAAUAAAGAAUAGCCAGAGCCGUACCUCCUCUGAAGUUAAAUCUCCGUUGGCAAAUCCCAUCUCUCCGGACGACUUGACAACUCCUGCUUCUCAGGAUGAAAAGUCAGCUAGGGCUCCUUUCUCAGAGGAAAGGCCAGUAACGGUAGACCUGGAGUCCCGUUUCUCUGCUCUAAAAUCGUUUUACAGAACCCAGUUAACGGAAACAUCCGCCUCUCCUACUGAUCCCUUGAUUGGACCUGAAUUAGGAGGUUUCUAUUCUUCACCCAGUGCAUUAAAUCGCAUAAUGUCUCUCUACACUACAGGAAUCGGCAAUCUCCAUGGUGCUGCCAGCAAGAAGCCUCAGUCAAAACCACCACUCAUGCGCGAGGCCCUCACGCCAGCAGAAGGGCUUCAUAUACCUGACCCCAACACCGAACUAGCAAUCAUUCGAAAAAUGGCAUCCUCGGACUGUGGCUGGGAUGGCCUUGCUUCUGUGGAGCAAAAAGUCUCCCAACCUCCCUCUACAAAAUUCGUCGAUGAACUCCGUCCCCUCCCUAUCCUCCUUCGAACUAAGAGAUCAAAACGCUGCAAAGCGUGCAAGCACAUCCUCGUCAAACCUGAAUUUAAACCACAAUCAACCCGCUUCCGGAUCCGUUUGAUAGCCCUGAGCUACAUUCCACUUAUUACCAUGCGGCCUUUGCCUCCAUUCCCGGCCAGCUCUCCCCCGAUAAACCUCGACGCCCUCGAGCCCCGUAGGCCUGUCCAAUUCCUCAUAACCCUCAAAAACCACAUGUUUGAUUCCAUACGUGUCACCCUAGCUACGCCAUCAGUAACACCAGGCCACGUCGCCUCCAAAGUCACGAUGCUCUGCCCGCAGUUUGAAGUAGGUGCUAACAGUGACGUCUGGGACGAAGCGUUGGCAUCAUCAGGAGCGCAAGACCCGCGUUCUUCCAGAUCAGGACUGGAUAAAGUCGCUGAAGCAGGAAAGAUAUGGGACAAGGGAAGGAACUGGACGACUGUGGCGAUGGAGGUUGUGCCAGGGUCACUUCCAGGAGGUGGGGAAGGUGGUGAGGAUGAUGAAACUGGAAUUGAAGACGAUGAGGAUGUCAUUGAGAUUCCGGUGUUUGUACGGGUGGAGUGGGAGGCCGAAGGGGGUGCAGAGGAACUCGCUAUUAGACCUGAUACGAGGAGACAGCAGGAGGCGGAGAUGGUGAAGAGAGAACUGGCCUAUUGGAUGGUGCUGGGGAUUGGUAGGAUUACGCGAGGUGGAUAUGAGAAUCGCGACACUUCUCCACUUUAA